AUGACGCAACCAUCGACUAUUGACUCGCGAUUCCUUAGUAACCCCAACCAGCUGGGCGUUGUGGCUGUUGGGUUCAAUGGCGGGCAGUGCAAGAAAGGCGUGGAAGCAGCGCCAAUGGCUCUGAUCGAGUCCGGGCUCCUGACACAGCUACGCGAGGACCUCGACUACGAGAUUCACCAUGACGACACGAUCCACUACUACGAGAACGACAUCCCCGCCGAGGACCCCGACCACCGGGGCAUGAAGAAGCCGCGCGCAGUGAGCGCGGUGACGCAGCGAUUGAGCCAGCAGGUGUACAGCCACGCCAAGGACGGCAAGUUCGUGCUGACGCUCGGUGGCGAUCACUCCAUCGCCGUUGGCACCAUCUCCGGCACGGCCAAGGCCAUCCGCGAGCGACUGGGCCGCGACAUGGCCGUGAUCUGGGUCGAUGCCCAUGCUGACAUUAACAUCCCCGAGAUGAGUCCCAGUGGGAACAUCCACGGCAUGCCCAUGGCCUUUUUGACUCGGCUGGCCCGCGGUGACCGGCCCGAUGUCUUUGGCUGGCUGCAGGAUGAGAAUAUCGUCAGUACGCGCAAGCUUGUCUACAUUGGCCUGCGCGAUGUCGACCGCGGUGAGAAGAAGAUUCUGCGGGAUAAUGGCAUCAAGGCGUUCAGCAUGCACGACAUCGACCGCCACGGCAUCGGCCGCGUCGUCGAGAUGGCUCUGGCCCACAUCGGCAACGACACGCCCAUUCACCUGUCGUUCGACGUCGAUGCGCUGGACCCGCAGUGGGCUCCGAGCACGGGCACUCCAGUCCGUGGGGGAUUGACGCUGCGCGAGGGCGACUUCAUUUGCGAGUGUGUGCAUCAAACCGGGAACCUGGUUGCCAUGGACCUGGUCGAGGUGAACCCCAGUCUGGAGUCGGUGGGCGCGACAGAGACCAUCCGGGCGGGGUGCUCACUGGUGCGCAGUGCACUGGGCGAUACUCUGUUGUAA